AUUGGCUGCAGGGAAACAACUUAAAAGGGUCUGGAGAAGUUGCAGACAGGUAACUACAGCUGUCUAAGCCACUCUACAGUCCACCCGGCGAGAAAGACCCAUCAGCAGUGUGGUAACUGUGUUUGCGUGAGCAGGAGACUUAGACUAAGACUGAGGUAAAGACGUCCAGGUGUCUGUUUCUGAGCGGCUAGCUUGUUGGCUAACACUGUAGAGGGGAAAAUGAACGGUCAGCUGAACGGUUUCCACAACAGCUCUCUUUUUGAUGAAGACUGCUUCCUCUUCACGUCUGAAUCAGUCGGCGAAGGACACCCAGAUAAGAUAUGCGACCAGAUCAGUGAUGCUGUGCUGGAUGCUCAUCUCAGACAAGACCCAGAUGCCAAAGUAGCAUGUGAGACUGUCGCUAAGACUGGGAUGAUCCUGCUGGCGGGGGAGAUCACCUCCAGGGCCAACGUGGACUACCAGAAGGUUGUCAGAGACACAAUCAAACACAUCGGCUAUGACGACUCCUCCAAAGGCUUUGACUAUAAGACCUGCAAUGUGCUGGUGGCUCUGGAGCAGCAGUCCCCUGACAUUGCACAGGGUGUUCACCUGGAUCGAAAAGAAGAGGACGUAGGAGCCGGUGACCAGGGUCUGAUGUUUGGAUAUGCCACUGAUGAGACUGAGGAGUGUAUGCCCCUCACUGUCGUCCUGGCUCACAAGCUCAAUGCCAAGAUGGCUGAAUUGCGCCGUGAUGGAACUCUGCCGUGGCUCCGACCUGAUUCCAAGACACAGGUGACUGUACAGUACAGACAGGAUCGAGGCGCCAUGAUACCGCUGCGUGUACACACCGUCGUGGUCUCCGUGCAGCACGAUGAGGAUGUGAGUCUGGAUGAGAUGCGUCACUGUCUGAAGGAGCAGGUGGUGAAAGCUGUGAUUCCCAGUGGGUACCUUGAUGACGAAACCGUAUACCACCUGCAGCCCAGUGGACGCUUUGUCAUCGGAGGACCUCAGGGUGAUGCUGGUCUGACCGGGCGGAAGAUCAUCGUAGAUACUUAUGGAGGCUGGGGAGCUCAUGGAGGCGGAGCAUUUUCUGGAAAGGACUACACAAAGGUGGAUCGCUCUGCGGCUUAUGCUGCCCGCUGGGUGGCAAAAUCUCUGGUGAAAGCUGGGCUCUGCAAGCGAGUGUUGGUCCAGGUGGCCUACGCGAUUGGAGUUGCACAUCCACUCUCUAUCUCCAUCUUCCACUACGGGACCUCUCAGAAGAGCGAGAAGGAGCUGCUGGACAUUGUGAGGAGGAACUUUGACCUCCGUCCAGGAGUGAUCGUGAGGGAUCUUGACCUGAGGAAGGCCAUCUACCAGGGCACAGCAGCUUAUGGCCACUUUGGUCGUGACGUCUUUUCAUGGGAGGUGCCCAAGGUGCUAAAAUACUGACACCCCUCUCUAAAGUCCACGCAGGUGUUCUACAGAUAAACCUGUCUGUUGCUUAGAUCCCCUUUUCUUCACCUCUUCCUCUUCUUCCUCAAACACAGCCACAUCAUCACAGCCUCUCCCAAAAAACAAGCUGACCCUCCUCCACCUGUUAGUAUUGUACACAUGUCAAAGGCAGAACAAUCAUAUGUCAGAUGCCAAGAUAUUAAAAUAUAUAUAUGAAAUAUUUAUAUCAGAUUUUCUCAAGGACCAUGUUAGUAUUUACCACCAGUGAUGGUGUUUUUUAAGAAGAUAUCUAGUAUUGCUCAGCUUUUCAAAUUGAGAAUCUCAAUGCAGUUUAGGCAACGUUAAAUUUCCCAUUUCACCUAACCUAGAUAGGUUAAUGGCAGUUCAGCAAAGCACUCUUCAAGUGUAAAGGAAAUCUGCAAUUUUUUUCUGUGUGCUGUCCCUUCAGGCCACUUUUGUUCUGACGUUUUACAGAGAAGUCAGAAGCUGCUAAUGACCUUGUGGUUUUGUUGGGCUGCACCGUGAAACCACUCCAUAUUUGUAACUUAUUUUGUCAGUUUAAUGUCAAGUGAAUGUUCCAGAUGAUAAAUGUGUCAAUGCUCUAUCUACCAAAAUAAAGACGAGGUACACUUCUCCCCCUUCCAGAGAGCGACGCUGGGUGUAGCUACAGAGAAACCCGGGCUCCGUUGCCUCUGGGAAGGGAGUGCCUUUAUCCUGAAUCCACACUUUACUUGAAAUAAUUUAAACUAUGGAACUUAACUACUGUGGGACUAAAGGCUCGGUCAGGGAAGAAUGUGUGGCACAUGUCUUGUCAAGUUUUAGGUUCUGAACUUCAUGCACACAAACAGAGAGUCUUGGCACAGGCCAGCAAGACAAGGAGCUGAAUGUAGGACACAGUACUACUGCUUAUGUCUUCUUAGCAUUCUUACAAACAAGGACUUGGGAUCAGAUGUGUUACUUAGCGCUUGUGGAUUUUGACUAUUUUGAAUCUUGCUCAGCACAUUGGUUGUUAAAACUAGAUGAGACUUCUGCUGUUUUUACAUGCACAAGAAGUUCCAAAUGGAUAUUGAGUUUGCAGCUAAAGUUUUUUUUUCUGAUUCCCUGAUAAAUAAGUUAGAAAAGUACCCAUGUUUGUUGAGGUAUCGCCUCUUAUUGCUCUUUUAAGACUAAUUAGCAGCCUUAGCUUGCCUGCAUAGAAAUAGUGUAAAGAUCAGUCCCAGGGACCCUUGCCAGAUUCAAGCCUGAUACCAAGUAUAAACCUUUGAAGCUUCCCCAGUUGCACAUGUAUCCUGACAAUCCUCACUGUAAGCCUGGGUGACACUGGUGCCUGGUCUAAGCUGUGUUUACUUCGGGUGUCUUUCAAUGUCUCCAUUAUGUUGCUAGGUGGCAAUGUUUCCCCAUUUAUAAUACUGACAUAAGAUUUAUUUUUUCACUCUGACACUUAUAUCUCGUCUGAAGCUCGUCCCCACUGGCACCACCUUGUGGCUUCAUUACUGUACUGCAGACAAAUCUCAGAGAAGAGCCUUAAUGUAGAGUGAGCCGGGAACAUGCUAGGUUAUUCUGUUUGUGCGAUUCACAUUCUCCCAAAGACUUUUUUUGUACUACAUGUUUGUAUCCUCACACUCAUGCACAGGUGACACAAAUGAUCGGUUGGUGUUGUACAGAGAAACCAGCCUGUUUACAUUGUCUCCUGUGAGAGUUCUGAGGAACUUUUUUCUGUUUGUUACUUUUUUUUUAGUAAAUGGAAGCAGGUCUGUCAGAGUUGUUGCUGAAUGUGUAAAAGUGGCUUUUCUAAUAACCUGCCCCCAAAUAUCUCACCCUGCCCCCUUCCCUCCUCUGAUUUCUGUCCUGCAAAAUCUCCAUCUUCAAUGAUUCUACCUGAGGAGUCUGAUUUGUUGAGUGUCUCUUUCAAACCCUUCAAAUAAAGUUCACCUUCCUCUGUGCUCAUG